CAAUAAAAAUCAUAUCAAAAAAUCAAAAUCAAGAAAAGGAAAGUCCAGUCCAUGAUAGUCCACAAACUCCCACAUUUGCAAGCCAUUCAUUCCAUCUGAUAAUUUAUAGCUUCAUAACAAAGGGAUAAGUUACUCAUAAAUCAAACCAAACUCUCUCUCUCUCUCUACUUUCUCUCUCUACCCUCUCUCUCUCUCUCUAAUGACUGCUAAUACGACUUUCACUAUUUGCCGGCCAAAGAAUCCCUAUUUCCACUCCAUUUUCAUCACCCCUUUUGCUGCUGAUUUCUGAUUCUUGAUUGAUUGUGUGAACAAGGCUGUCUGAAUUUCAAUUGGUAUCUAGCGGCCACCGACACUUCUUGAUUUUCCAGGUGCUUUUGAGAAAAGAAAUAAAAAUCUGAUCUUUAUUUUUCAUGUUUUGAAGUGGGUUGUUUCUGAAUUUGAUUUGGAUUGGUGGGUUUGCUUCUGAAUUUGAUUUGAAUUAGUGGGUUUGAUUCUGAAUUUUGAUUUUCGAUUAGUGGGGUUUUUUUAAUUGCAAUUCUUGGUGAAAAAGAUUGAAUCUUUAGAUUUUCUUGGUUCCAAAUGGUCUGUUUCCACACCUCAAUUCCGGUUGACCAACAUAUACACAUGGCUAAAUCUCUGAAUCCAACAACCGAUCCUUGUCUGAAAUUGAGCCAUAAGAACAAACACCACUCGAACACACCUGCUUGUGACCAAUCUCGCUACGUUAUCGUCGAUGUAAUAAUCCUGAUCGCCGUGAUUUGCGCGUGCGGAUUCUUGCUCUAUCCCUACGCCAAGAUUCUAGCCUACAAAACCUUCGAACUCACCGAAGAAGUCGUCGACGUGGUGUACGAAGAAGUUCUCCGCGCUCCGAUGGUGUUCGGUUGCUUGGGGCUCAGCAUUUUCUUCGCGGUGCUCGCGUUGAUGGCGAUCACCGUAUUUACAGACAGGAGGUGCGGGAAAAAGGGUUGCCGUGGGCUUAGUAACGCAGCUGAAUUUGAUAUCCAAUUGGAAACCGAGGAGUCCGUGAAGAAAUCGAAUCAGCAAUCGAAGAGUGGUGGUUUAAAGAAGGGACUGUUCGAACUGCGCCGCGAUCACCACAGAGAAUUGGAGGCUGAGCUCAAGAAGAUGGCCCCACCUAACGGGAGAGCGGUUCUCGUUUUCCGAGCGAGGUGCGGGUGUUCCGUUGGGAGAAUGGAGGUUCCCGGAUCAAGAAAAUCUCGAAAGGUUAAGAAGUAGUUCUUUAUACAAUCUUUUUAGUGUUACUUUUGUUUUUUCAAUUUAAUAUAUGAAAGCAUAUGCUAUAAUGAAUUUUAUAGAUAUAGUGAUGAGCACUUCCCUUU